GUUCGUGUGUCCUGGUCCAGGUGUGUUCCAGUGCUCUGUGACAGAUCUGGUGUUUGCUAUGACUCAGGAGGCUGACCUGCAGUAUAGGUCCAUCCAAUGGGACAGGAACCUCCUUCAUCCAGCGGGCAGGAUCCCUGCAGGGCCGCUGUACCAUGUGAGAUGUUCUAAGAAGGCCGUCUGUCGGAUCCACCUCCCACACUGUGAAACACAGAGUGUGUCGUCCAUCAAAGGCCUGCUGUCUGUCGUUCACAUUUCUAAUGAUGAUGAGGAUGGGAUGAGCAUCCUUCAGCCGAUGAAGAUCACUGCCUCUCAUGUUAUCGUGGAGGUCUCUGGUCUCUCUGCCUUUGGGCUGGUUUGGGAUUACCUAAAGAGGUUCAUGGAGAGAAAAGAUCCGGUUUUAAGCCAAAUCCUGCUGUACCUCGGACCAAUGACCUCUAGAGCUCAGAACCAGAAGCUCUAUGUGUUUCUGCUGCCCAGGAACAUCCCAAAAGAAGAGGUUCACAAAGACCAGAGAGACUGUAGGUUUGUUCGCUGCACUUCCUACUGCAAACUCAUCAAAGACCAGAAAUAUAUCCUCGUCUGUCCGAGAGCUUCACAGGACUACAAGAUCCAACCCAAGAAAGCAGAGUUCAACUUGAACUUUGGAGAUCAGUACCACCCAAUGUUUGAGAUCCGUCUUCCAAUCAACACAGAGGAGGUGGCCAUAACCAUCAACGAUGAAGGGAGCCUGGCUGUCUGGGAGUAUGAGGUUGAUCUGACAGAUUAUUCCCAAAGUAAUCAAGCUGCAUCAGGUAGCGGAGUCCAGCCAGAGAUUACCAAUCAGAAGGAAAACAUGCUGGAAAUCCUGGAGGAACUCAGGAAAGAGCAAUUUGAAAGCUUUAAAUGGUUUCUGGCUGAACUGCCUCAAAAACGCUUCAAACAAAAGGAACUAGAGGCGGCUUCCAGACUCAAUGUGGUGGAUCUCAUCAUGCAGCAGUGCGGCUCUGAGGAAGAUGCUGUCAAAGUCAUGAGGACACUUUUACGGAAAAUCAAAAGAAAUGAUCUCAUGAAGGGACUGAAAAGAUAAACUUAUGACCAGAAUGAUGAGUUUAACAGAUUCAGGCUUGUUUUGGGGACUUUGAUGGUUGAGUUUAAUCUGCUCUGUCUGCAGUAGCUUCAUUUAAGGGCUUAAACCACUCAAGGUUAUUCAUUAAAUAGCCAAAAGAUCAGCUAUAGUUACAUAUUA